AUGAUCGGCAUGACUCACCUUUCCAUCAAAUGCAUUUUGCCGUAUAUGGACGCGGGACAAAGAAUCAUCUUGCAACAGUACCCACGAAUCAAGAGAAUCGACAAGUCUCGAUCUGCUAAAAUUGAAACCCUUCAGCUUCCUCAGGGUCUCAUGCAAAUCGACUCCUUAAAAUUUGAAAUAGGAAUUGUACGUUAUUACCCUGGAGGGUACACACCUGAUUGGGUCCGGGAGGAAAAUGAGAAAGGAGGAGUUCAAUUCGACGUCGGACAGUUCAGAGGACUGGCGCAAGCACAUAUCGUGCCAAGAAUGGAGCUGGACCGAGCACCGACAGAAGAGGAAACAGCCGAAAAGAUGGAAGCAGAGCAGAAACUGGAGGAUUUGUGCAAAGAAAUGGAGCAGAAUCCGGGGAGAAUCACUGUGGAGGCCAAAGCUGAGAGAGAAGAACUUGAAAAACUCAUUCACGACUAUGAGACGAGAAAAAUUCACUCUCAAUUGGAAUAUGAAGAGUUUGUCAAACUGACAGUCACUUCGAGAGACGGCCUAUAUUCAGUAGAAUACGUCAAGUAUCAGAAAUCAUUAGAGAACACUUGGAAAUACCUGAUUCGACGUCUGGUAAAGCCUAAUGUGGUUGUUGUGAACUACAUUAUGAGUUCUGGCUCGGAACCAGAGAUUUGGCCAUUUGGUCAAUCUUUGAGAGUGGUUAAUUUGCGAGCGGCAAAGAAAUUCUGGACAUCAAGAGAUAUCCAGUCUAUGAGAGAUGUUUUAUCGUCGGAGCACACUUUCCCUCUUCGAUCAAUGGAAACAGUGCCUCGUCAAAGCAACGUUUAUCUUGGCGAUCAUCUUGCAAGAAAGUUUAUUAUUUCGGAAGCCCCCAGCCAGGAAUUGAUUCUCAAAUUGAAAUGUCCGCAUGUUCACUUCAAAGACUAUCAAUUCAAGUCGAUCCCUUUUAAACUAAUCUUUGGACUUCUGAAAAAAGAUACAUUGAAACACUAUUUAUUCGAGACCGCCAACAAAAACUGCGUCCACGAUUUGAUUGAGUACUGCAAGAUUGAUAGAAGACUUCCCGAGACGGAAAUUCUUAAAGGAUACGAAAGAGAUCAGUAUCCAAUCAACUUCGAUUUUCCACUUCAUGGAACAAUUGAUGUCUGCGGAUCAGUUUACCGUCGGAAUGUCAGUGAUACGAUGAAAUACAUAAUCGACCUAAAAUGCCAGUAA